GGCGUGCCAGGUGUAUGAACAAUUAGGAUAGAGGAUGCUGUUCGUUUCUCUUUUUUUCCCCUUCUACAGGAGUUGCCGAUCCAAAGGCAUGGCUCAGGAGUGAUCCUGUGCCACCUGUACCAUCAAGAUCAAGAUCAAGGCAUAUUGGCUUUAAGCUCCAUGGUGGCACGCACUGUGUUGGUGACGGGCAGCAGUCGAGGCCUGGGCCUGGAGAUGGUGAGGCAACUGGCUCAACACAUCACACCUCCAGAUGUCAUUAUUGCCACCUGUAGGAAUCCUGAAGCUGCUCAGGAGCUUCAGCAACUCUCUAAGAGCCAUAGAGAAAUUAAUCUAUUGAAGCUUGAUGUAGUGGAUGAGGGAAGCUAUACUGCAUUGGUUAAGUGGGUGAGAGAGAUAGUGGGUAACCAUGGUCUCAACCUGCUCAUCAACAAUGCUGGUAUAGCUCCAAAGUCUACACGCAUUACUCAAGUGAAGUGGCAGCAGAUGGUGGACACCUUUCUUGUGAACUCUGUAGCACCAGUUAUGCUUUCUAAGGCACUUUUACCAAUCCUGAAGAUUGCAGCCACACAGGCAGAAGGUAGUGGGCUGUCUGUAAAGCGAGCAGCCAUCAUCAACAUCUCCUCAGUGCUUGGCUCCAUAGAGAAGAAUGACAAAGGGGGUAUCUAUCCUUAUAGAGCCAGCAAGGCUGCAUUGAAUGCCAUCACCAAAUCGUUAAGCACUGAUCUCAGGAACUCAAACAUCUUGGUGAGCAGCAUAUGUCCUGGAUGGGCACAAACAGAUAUGGGUGGCAAGAAUGCUUCUCUUACUCCAGAGCAAAGCAUAUCUAAUGUUCUGCAUCUUCUUAACACCAUGAAUGACACCCACCAUGGGCAAUUUUAUCAACAUGAUGGUGUCAAACUGCCUUGGUGAUAAUAUCACCAUUACCAUCAUCAUUAUUAAUUUAGUUUUCUUGGCAAGUUUCAGUUAAAUAGCAAGUGUUAAUUGCCAUUAACUAGAAUGUAUUACUUGUAUAAAGAACAGUGUAUUGCAUGUCAUCUUAACACAUCUUAAUUUUAACAAUGCAAAUAACAUCAGAAUGUCAAUUCUAGAAGUGCCAACCAACCAAUGUAUUGUGUACACCAUUGGUUGACAGUCAUUUAAAGCAUGAUGUCUAUUAAAAUACAUGAACUUAAGAAGAAUCAUUAUUACCUUACCAAGCAAUUAGACUAAGUGAAUUUCAGCCAUGUUUUUUAAUAUUUUAAUCAUGUAAUCCAGGGAAACAAUUAGCAGUAAUGAAAACAGAAGUCACUUUUAGUGUAGCAAUGGUAUCUCAUAAUACUGAAAUAAAUAUAUAUAAUAGAAA